UACUUAUGCAUGUGACUGCUACGGAUACUUUGUGUUUAUAUCAGUCUCUUGUAUAAUAUAGGCAUCAAGAACUGCACACCCUGUGCCCCCCUGCUACCUGGUGUUAUGCUAGCUAUCCAGCCAACGCUGGAGCAGGUAUCCUUGCUGUGCCCUCCCCAUACUGCUUUGCAAACAUAGUGCCUUGUAUUCCUUUGAGGUUAGCUAGGAGGAGCCAUGUCCUUUAUUUACAUCGUGUUACAGCAGUGACAUCAAGACAGUACCAGGUGACAGUAGCUAGCAAGCUGAAUGUUCAAGUGCUGCAAACGCCACAAGCUGGGGGCAUUUAGCCGUAGAUAGAAGCAGAGAAUGUUCAUUCUAUCCAUCCAUGUAGAGAGGAUUGCCCCUUGUCACAUCAAAAUAAAAGGGAUCUUUGGAUGAAUGCAUAUUGUUUAUUUAAUCACACUGGUUCAUUCCUUGUACCUCUUUAACAGAGAUCCUGGCAGCCUGUCAAAUGUGCUACAUCCUGUAACGGCAAUGAUACGCAAUGCAAUCCAGGAUAUAGGAGAGCCCUCGAAUGUAUUGGGAGUCAGAGGCCAGACACUUUGAUGUCAUGACAGUAGGUGUUUGUGAAUGAGAGCCUUCAAUGCAAACUCUCUCUGCCAUGGAAAACCAGCAUUUUGGCAAAGCUCAGCUCUCAUUUAGGACUAGGAAUAUUUGUUACCCAAAAGACCAAGAAUGUAGAGAGAGAAAAUUGGGAUAUUCUGAAAGAAGUCUAGACACAGAGACUGGAACUUUUAGAGAUGGAUUGCAAGAGAUGGCACAACCAAAACCAGCUUGGAUCCCUGCGGACCGACUGGUCUCCUCCAAUAUCAGCACCUCACAACUGGAAAAGGAGUCUUCAGAGAAAUUAUUCCUGGAUUUUGAUUCCCUCAGCUUUAUAAAAGAGGACGAAGACAGUGCAAGUGAUCUCUCAGACUCUGAGCGUAUUCUCAUCCCUCCUUCCCCUCGCUCGCCCCCAGAGCUGAACCUGCAGGCAGAGAAAAUUGAGCCAGGCUAUUUUGAUCAUUGUUUUGCAGAAGAUGGGGACUAUAAUUUCCCAGAUUUUCUGCCGCCACCUUUUAAUUCUUGGAACUUGCCCCAUCUAGCAACAUUUGUUAACAGAGAGGGAAAGCCUAUCUUACCAACAACAGCAUCCGGAUUUUUGGAGAGGUACAUAGACCGUCUCCUCCAGUUGGAAUGGCUUCAGAUACAAACGGUGCAAACAGAAAAAUUAAAAAGCAGUAAGUUAAGGCCUCAGACAGCCACUGGCAUGCCUGCAAAAUCUCCAGGAAAAAUAAAGCCAUUGCAUACACCACUACGCAUUAAGGAAACAACAGUUGCAGAACACGUUAAAAGUACAGAUGCUCGAGAAAACCGUUGUAACAAAGGGAAUUUUCACCACGACGUUCUUGCUGCUGAAAGAUUUACAAGGUCAAGUGCUAUAGAAGGGUUAUCUUUUGCUCGAAAACAAGAUGUAAGAGUCAAGAAGAGACCGGUUAUGAGCUUUCCGCAAAAGAAAGUAUUGCCAACCCUGGAAACCAACUCAAAGAUUCAGAGUAUUGGUAAUGUUAGGCCUCAAAAACAAGCUCAGUUCUCUCAUGGUACAGAAAGCACUUCAAAGCUUUUUAAAUGCAGCUUGUCCAGUAAUCUGCGAAGCAAUAGACUUUCCUCAAGCAACCAUGCUCUCUCUGCUCCUUCUGAAGCAGAACUGAAGUUUAAAGUUCGCUCUGUCAGAGUUUCCUCUUGUAAAGGGAAACCUAUUUAACAUGGGGGGGUUAGUAAAUCUCAUGUCACAUGAUCGCCUACCCAAUACAAACGAAGUGGAUAUAUUUUUGCAUACGUAGAUGUAGUUUUUGUAAAUGCCAAAUAAGUCUAUGCUUUUGGAAAUAAUUGUCCAUUGGUUGGCUUUUCAUUUGACCAAACUGUUUUGUUAUAAUUAACAAAUAUAUGUUUGUGAGGUAUGAAAAAUAAAGUGUCAAUGUAGAUAUCGA